AUGGCUAAAACGUUCAACUAUAAAAAUUCUACACUAGCUUAUCAGGAUCAAGGCAAUGGAUUUCCGAUUAUUUUUAUCGGAAGUUAUUUAUGUGACAGAUCGAUGUGGAGAGAUCAAGUCGAACAUUUAUCUAAACGCUAUCGUUGUAUCGUAUUAGAACUAUGGGAUCAUGGACAGUCUGGUCACUUGCCAUCUGCAUCUACAACAUUAGAUGAGCUUACUGAUGAUGUCUGGGAGUUUGUAAGGCACCUUCAAUUGGAACGAUUUGCUUAUAUUGGUCUAUCGAUCGGCGGUAUGAUUGGAGCUCGACUAGCCUUGAAACAUCCUCAAGCGAUUGCUGUGUUGGGCUUAUUUAAUACCGGUCUGGACAAAGAGACUCCGGAAAAUUUAGCUGUAUUUCCAGCUCUUUUACAACAAGUUGAUGAAGCACAAGCUAUUUUUCCAGUAGCGGUAGAAAAAUUGUCGAUGGCCUUUUUCUCUCAAAACUCCUUCAUUGAAAAUGCACAGUACGUCAGUGAAUGGAUUGAAGGAUUGAUUAACAGUGAUACUAGAAAAAUACCAGGAACUGUUGCUAUUGGCCGUGCUGUCUUUCAACGGGCAUCAAUCCUUGAUCAAAUUAGUCAAAUUCAAGUCCCGACAUUAUCUUUAACAGGCGAUCAAGAAUUUAUAUUCCCUCCGGCGAUAGCGGAGGAAAUUGCCAGCCGUAUUAAAGGAGCAGCAUGUGUUAUCGUUCCAGGAGCAAGCCACAUUUCUCCUAUCGACAAUCCACAAGUUGUAAUACAAGCCAUCGAGGAACUAUUAUCCAAAAUAUAA